UCAUAAAAAAGUCCUUGGUCAGUGCAGAACUUUAAAAUAGAGAACUAUGACCUCCAACAGGCUUGUUGUGUUCAGUGAAGUCAGAGUGGGAAAACAACCUGCGGCAUUUAUCAGACUUCUGCACAAGUUACAUAGAUAGCCUCGAGGUGAUCGUCACUACCAGAUUAAGCACCUUUGACCUCCAGCAGUAAGCGGCUCACCGAGGCGCGCGCACACACACUCACACUCACAAGCAAGCCACCGGCUUGUCACAUGACCACCAGCGUGAAGAAGCCCAAGUCUGCCUGUGCGUGUUUGGCUCCUAUUUCCGCGUUCACCCACACCGACUGAAUGAGUCUCUACCAACACCGCCUCCACAGCAGCAGCAGCAGCAGCGGCUCUGUAUCUGCUGCCUGACGCAGAGAAACCGCGUCCCCGUGCGGGCAUCGUCGCCCACCCGCAUCGCUCCGCCGCCCGCAGCAGCCAUGCUCACGCGGGUGAAGACGGCCGUGGCCAGCCUGAUGGGAGGCGUGAUGGCCGGAGGAUCUAACGGAGACCAUCCCGGCGGCCCGGAUCUGCCGCUCAAAUUUCCGUACAGCAGACCGGAGUUCCUGGGACUGUCUGCCGACGAGGUCGAGUGCUCGGCGGAUCACAUAGCGAGACCGAUCCUGAUCCUGAAGGAGACCAAGCGGCUGCCGUGGGCCACCGGCUACGCGGAGGUGAUCAAUGCCGGGAAGAGCACCUUAAACGAGGACCAGGCCUGCUGCGAGGUGCUCAUGCUCAAAAGGAGACCUCUGGAGAGCUCGGCGCCAAACCGGAACCCCGCUGCCCGCCGGAGGUCUUCCCUGCCCAACGGAGAGGGCCUCGGCCUCCGGGACAGCAGCGAUGGCUCAGAGGAUCUUACCUUUCACUACUGGGCGCUGUUCGACGGCCACGCUGGUUCUGGAGUUGCCGUCAUGGCGUCUCGUCUUCUCCAUCACCACAUCGCGCUGCACCUUCAAGAGGUGAUGGAGAUUCUGUGCGCACCCAACCUGCUGCCGCCCACUUGCCUGGACGAGGAGCCCGGCAAUCACCUCCUGCCCGCAACGUCCAACCGCGCCCUGUCUAGGGCCGCGUCGCUACGAGGAGCCGCGGGCGCCCCGGGUUCGCCCAGCGCCCCUCCGACACGCUUCUUCACUGAGAAGAAAGUUUCGCAAGAAAGCCUGAUUAUUGGAGCCAUAGAGAACGCCUUCAAAGACAUGGACGUGCAGAUCGAAAAGGAGAAGGCGUCCUUCAACAUCUCAGGAGGCUGCACCGCUCUAAUGGUCGCCUGUCUGCAGGGGAAGCUGUACGUCGGCAACGCAGGGGACAGCAGAGCGAUCGUCGUGCGAGCCGGGGAAGUCAUUCCCGUGUCAUCGGAGUUCACGCCGGAGUCAGAGAGACAGCGGCUGCAGUUUCUGGCGUACAUGCAGCCACACCUGCUGGGGAACGAGUUCACACACCUGGAGUUCCCACGCCGGGUGCAGAGGAAGGAGGUGGGGAAGAGGAUGCUGUACCGGGACUUCACCAUGUCGGGAUGGGCGUAUAAAACCAUAGAGGACGAUGACCUGAAGUUCCCUCUGAUCUACGGCGAGGGGAAGAAGGCGAGAGUGUUGGCGACCAUCGGGGUCACGAGAGGCUUCGGGGACCACAACCUGAGAGUUCACGACUCCAACAUUUACAUCAAGCCCUUUCUGUCCUGCUGCCCAGAGGUCAGAGUUUACCCCUUAUCGCAGUUCGAGCACGGAGCAGAUGACGUUCUGAUUCUGGGAACCGACGGCCUGUGGGACGUCCUCUCUAACCAGGAAGUGGCCGAAGCGGUCACCGGUUUCCUGGCGAACUGCGACCCAGACGACCAGCACAGGUACACAAUGGCCGCUCAGGACCUGGUGAUGAGGGCGCGUGGGGAGCUGAAGGAUCGCGGCUGGAGGAUAUCCAACGACAGAUUGGGCUCCGGAGACGACAUCUCCGUCUACAUCAUCCCCCUCAUGUACGGAAACAGGCAGAACUAGCAGUGGAACAAGAAACAACCAAAAUGUUUUCCUCUCUUUCAUCUUUUUUUGGUUGUUGUUGCUGUAAAGACGUGCGGAUUUCCGGAAGGAUCCGAGCCGUUUCUUCCUCUCCGGACCUGGAUUUCUCUUUGUCGUAAAGAAGAAAACGAGAAACCAGACAACGAAAGGAACUGCUGAUGACUUGAAUUUUUCUCCUUUAAGUCUUGAGGAAAGCCAUCUUUAGCUCGGACUCUCUGGCGGACGGUGCGGUGGCGUGCGUCUCAGGACCGCCGUUACUUCGCAAUGCACAAUAUUUAUAAAUGUGAUGCGUGUAAAUACUAGCGCGGCGUUUGACAAAAGUGGGAUUUGUGGAAUAUUUGUAUGAUGAAGGAAAAAAAAAAGACACUGACACUGAAAUGGAGAAAAAUAAAUGUCAAAUCAUACGGUCAGCCAGGCCUCGGUUAGCGUUUUGGUGAACUAGACUUAGCAGGACUACAAUUCCCAGCCCAGGUUCGACUCUAAUCAAAAAAUGAAAGAACAAAAGGCCUCUUUCUCUUGCACUUUGAGAACUUUCUGUCUUCCUCAUUCCUUUGACUAAGAGGUGCCUCCGACAUGAAUUGAUCAAAUGUUUUUGUUUUUUUCCAUAAAGUACUUCCAAAUGACGCCCAUAGACGCUGACAGCUGAGUGGACAAUCAUCUUCCAUGUCUCUACAAUCACUAUGUUGUUGUCAGAUCCGGUGGGUUUUUUUCAUGUUUUUGUCCAGGUUGAGUCUUGUGAGUGCAGAGGAACUUCAACUAAAGUGCCUUGCAAAAGUAUUCACACCCCCUGAACCUUUACGCGUUUUGAAAUGUUACAGUCACACAAACGUCGGUGUGUUUAAUGGUGAUUAUUGUUUUGUAUGUGUGAGCUAAAUCGUCCCAUGUCAGAGUAUAUGUGAACAUAAAUCUUCACCUCUUGCUACGUAUUCCCAAAAAUAUUUAGAUCUGGACUUUGACUAGGCCGUGCCAGCUCCAGUCUUGAGUCUUAAUUUUUACCUAUGCGUGUUUGUUUUGCCAUUGUUGAGCAUGAUAAAUAUUUUUUAUGUAUUUACGCUGACAGCAAAUUGCUUCUGAAGCUAGUCGGCGGCUGCGUAGGUUUUAUUUUGGCGUAUCAGGAGCAAAACGUGUCGAAAAACACGUUUGAUAUAUUAAGUUUGUGUUAAAAGUAAAAAAAAAAAAAAAAAGUUCAAAGAGUGUGAAUAGUACUGUAUAGCACCAGUGUUUUAUUUUCUCCAUAUUUUCAUUUUGUCGUUUUCUAUGUAGAUCUCGUCACGCUGUCAGCCAUAGAAAAACACAAAUAAGAUAUUCCAGGAGGAGCAGAAUGAGACGCUAUUUUUGUGGAAGAGCAAAAAUAUAUUAGAAACCGCGCGGUAAUGUUUCCUGCGGUGACCGCAAGAGUUCGUGUUCCUUGAGUUUUUUCCCCCCACACAUUUUGUAACUUUAAAGCCACUAAUGUUUUUGUCACGUUUCAUGUGGAUUUGGACAAAUAAAAGUGGCGCAUAAUCGAAUGACGUGGUGCAGAAGUAAAAUGUCGAGAGGAAAUGUCACAAAACAGAGUGAGAACGCACCUGCAACAAAAACAGACGAGUUGAUGGUGGACAGGAGCUGCUUUGGGUCUGUUGUCAUUCGGGUUCGUGUUCGCACGUUCCCAGCUUCUCUGCAGGAGCUCCGAGGACCAUCUGGUCCCGUCAGAACCAGCGCCACAUCCGCCUGCAGUCGGACCAGCACUGAUCUGGCACUCUACUCCUACUCUCAACGUGGGUGUGGGUGUGUGUGUGUGUGUGGUCCAGAUUGGAUGACGGCAGCGAUGACACAGCCAUAGCUGUGGGUGGCUUGUUUUUUCCAAGGUCACGGCGCUCCCACCCCACCCAGGGACGCAUCUGAAGUGAGAUGGAGCGUGGGGCAGCGGUGGAGUGGAGGGCCCCCCCCCCGGAGUGAGAUCAAUUUUAUGUGGAGAAGAGAAGCGUUACCUGUUUGCGUCUUGUUUUUUUUUUUUUUCAAUCACGUUUUUCACCCCAGGAUUAAAUUGAUUGAUUUAUUUUUUGCCCCCGACUCUCACUGAAGGGAAUCUGCAGCCGCCUGUGUGUGAGCACAGCUGGUGAUGAGAGUGCGGCGCAGUAACCCAGGGUGCUAAGGUUUUUGGAGCGUAAAUAGUUUGCGAGCAAACUCAUAGAAAACUCACAAACCCAUAUCAACUUAGGUGUUUUUGAAAUUGUUGGAUUUUAUUACUAUAAUAUUAAAUCAAUAGAAUUGGAAGAUUGUAAAUACCUAGUCCACCAUAUAGCAUAACGCAUUGAUUCGUACCCACCGACGUGUUGGUCGACUUUUCUCUCAUUUGUAUGUGUAAAAUAUGAUUUUGGUGGACGGGGCACCAAAACUGGCUCCAGCCCAGGGGGCCCACAUCCUUCUACAUCCGGGGCCCUGGACAUGGACUGGCGGUGGUCCGGCUCCUACAGCGGGCACAAUUUCCAAUUUGCAGUUCCUUGCAAAAGUAUUCACAUCCCUCUGACUUCGACCCACAAACUCCAAUGCAUUUGAUUUAUUUCAUGUGACGGUGUAGAACAGAUGAACGCAGAAUCGUGGAAGUGGGAGGAAACUGAGGCGACACUUUUAAAACCGUUUUCCAAAUAACAAUCUGGAAAGUAUAGCUCUCAUCCGACAAUCGGUGAACAUCCUAAUUUAUUCACAUUUACCAAAGCAGUUCCUGAAAGCUUUACUCUUUUGACUGUAAGAAACUUCUUUAAUGUCUUUGACAGCAGAUUAAUAGUAACAGAAGGAGCCUCUGCUUCAACCAGCUGACUUCAGCCUACUGCUGCACUGUUUAAAUACAUUUUAUUUUAGUAAUAAUGUGGAGAUGUAUGGCUAAAUAAAACAUCUGCCUCUCACUUUCACAUUAUCAGUAGCAGAAAAACAAGCAUCGGUCAACCUGAACUCUGUUAAUUAGGAAACAUCUGAAGAGAAAUGACUGUACUAAUUUAUUAGUCUGUACGAUUGUACAAAUACAAUUGAAAAGCCAAUUUUAUAAAUGUAUCACAAAGUGAAACAUUACGUAGACUGAUUACACACAGGUGAACGUUUGAAAGCCUGCAUUUGUCAUUUGUGAUGAUUUUUCACUUCCAUCUAAUGAAAACAUGACGUUUAAAAUUACAUCGGACCAACAAAAAAAAAAACAUUUUCAAAAACGGAAAUUUAGACUUAUUGAAAAGUGUUUGUCUGCUAACGGGUUGCUGUCAUUGUGAGACUCAUCAGUGUGCAUAUACUGUACUUCAAUAAAUAUGAAUGCACUUUAUUUUA